GCUUCCACGUUCUGCUUCAGCUCUACCCGCGCCAUGGAAGCUCCGCCGCCUCUUCUCCUACCAUUCCUGCUGCUCCUCCUCCUCCUAGCCUCCAACAUGGCCACCGCGGCCGGGGACGGCUGCAGCGCGGGCUGCGACCUCGCGCUGGGCUCCUACUACGUCACGAAGAACACGAACAUCACCUACAUCGCGCAGCUCUUCGGCUUCACCGACUACCGACUGCUCGCCAAGUAUAACCCCGGGCUCCCCAAUCUAGACGACGUCGCCGCCGCCGGGUACCGCGUCGACGUCCCCUUCCCCUGCGAGUGCCUCGCGCGGCCCUCCGACCCGGCCUCCACCUACCUCGCCGCCUCCAUCCCCUACAAAGUCGUCACGGGAGAAACCUACGCCAGCAUCGCCAACAACUACAUCAACCUCACCACCGCCGACUGGCUGCAGGCCACCAAUACGUACCCGCCCAACAACAUCCCCGACGACGCCACCGUCAACGUCACCGUCAACUGCUCCUGCGGCGACGCCAGGAUCUCCACGGAUUACGGGCUCUUCCGCACAUUCCCGCUAAGGGACUGGGAUACGCUCGCCUCCGUCGCCGCAACUCGUGACCUCUCGUCGCCGGAGCAGAUGGACAUAGUCCGGAGGUAUAAUCCCGGCAUGGAUGGUGCCACCGGGAGCGGCAUCGUGUAUAUCCCUGCCAAAGGUGAUCGUAAAACAAUUACUAUAUAUGGUGUAUUCUAG